GCCAAAAUAAGCAAGAAGAAGAGACAUAACAAACGAACGUACGUUUUUUUGCAUUGUAAAAGUGGAAUAAAGUAGAGUAAUUCUACGCUUCUGACGACCACACAGACGACCCAAGGACGGAAAACAAUGAUCCCGCUGCCGCUGCAAACCACAGAAUAAAUAUAGAGCUGUAAUUCAUCGCAUGGGAGUGGCGGCAUCAUGGAUCCGCAGAAAAUCACCGAAUUGGCCAACCUGAUGCGCCAGAAUGGCGACAAAAUACUAAGCUCGGAGUUUACCCUAACGUUAUCAGGUUCCCUUCUGAGGGCGCUGAACGACUCAUUCACUUUGAUUGCAGACACUGAGAUCGGCGCUGGCGCUGGCUCCCUUUCCCAGCAGCAGCAGCUCUCCUUCCAGGUGGUGAAAUCCAUCAAUGCCAAGUCCAGCGUCUUCCCCGACCUCCAGCUGCUGCACGACUUUGUGCAGAAGACAACGCUGCUCAAGCUGACCUACUUUCCCAGCGAGCUGUACUUCGAGGGCGCCAUUGACAUAGCCAAGUUCAGGGCCUUGAGGCGACUGGAGGUGCACAAGAUCAACAUUGGCCAGGUGGUGGGCAUCCAGCCGUUGCGUGGCCAGCUGCAGCAUUUGAUCUGCAUCAAGAGCUUGACCAGUGUGGAUGACAUAAUCACGCGCUGCGGCGGCGAUAACUCCAAUGGCUUCGUGUGGAACGAGUUGCAAUCGGCCGAUUUCAGCUACAACAGCUUGCGCAGCGUAGACACGGCCUUGGAGUUUGCCCAGCAUCUGCAGCAUCUGAGCCUGAGGCACAACAAGCUGACCAGCGUGGCCGCCAUCAAGUGGCUGCCGCAUCUGAAGACCUUGGACAUAAGCUACAACUGCCUCACGCAUGUGCCGCAGUUCCACAUGGAAGCCUGUAAGCGGCUGCAGCUCCUGAACAUCAGCAACAACUAUGUGGAGGAGCUGCUAGAUGUGGCCAAGCUGGAUGCCUUGAACCAUUUGGAUUUGUCGGACAACUGCCUGCUGGAGCACUCGCAACUGCUGCCACUGAGUGCCGUGGUCACGCUGACCAUCCUGAACCUACAGGGAAAUCCAAUGGCCUGCCACCCGAAGCAUCGGCAGGCGACGGCCCAGUAUCUGCACAAGAACUGUGCCUCAGUCAAGUUUUUACUAGACUUUGAGCCACUCUCAAAGGCGGAGAAGAGCCUGACAGGCAGCCAAAAGUGGCGCUACAUUGGCUCGCUCAAUAACCAUCGACUGCCCAGGAGCUGCUCCGUAUCCAUCAACAGCUCCAGUGCUUCAAUCAACACCAGCGAUGGCUCCCAGUUCUCCAGUUUUGGCUCUCAGCGUUCCAUCUCGAUCCGGGGCAAGGACUACUCCUCGGAGGCGGAGCAGUCGGAGGCCAUGGACACCUCGCAGAUCAGCAGAAAAAGUUCUAGUCGCAUUCGGACAGUGGAAAUAGAGGAGCAGUCAGAAGAGCCCGAAGAUGUCAUCGUUCCCAAGGUUCAAGUCGUGGCCAUCAGGCCGGAGACUACAACCGAUUCCUCGCAUUUGGAAACAAAGAAACAAAUCGAAACGCUGCGCCUCACUUACGGCAACGAGUGGCUGAAGACCGGCAAAGCCGAACUUAUGCUGGGCAUCGAACCCACCGAGGCGGAGCGCAAAGAGGCACGCCAGCAGUUUAACGAGUUCUUCAGUGAGCUUUCCACCUCACCGUCGGCGGGGAUCUUAAGCUCCACGCCGACAAAUACAAAUCAAGUGAGUUCCAAUAUCGACAAUACCCUGACGCCCAUCAAGUCGGAGGAGGAAGCUGAGGAGUCUGCUGAUAAAACUAUUUACGAGACCUGCGACGAGGGUGACGAGACCAAGUACGAAAGCACUGAAAGUACCUCUGUUGAAGCUCCGGAGGAGCCACUGCUUGACAAGCACUCGGAGCUUUUAAAUCUAUAUGCAAGCAGCUCGAAUAAUGCUGAGGAUGAAGAUCCAGUAUCUGAGGCGGAGCCCGACGAAGAGACUUACAUUGUCUAUCAUGAGCAAAAGCCCAGCGAGGCCUUGUUCCUCACCAUAUCCUCGAAUUUUAUACGCGAAAAGGAUACCUUAAGCGAACGGACCAAAACCAAAUGGAGUCUGAAAAUUCUAGAGUCAUGUGAGCGCUUGAAGGCGAAUACUUUGCGAAUUAACUUUGAUACAAUGCGAAAGGAUAAACAGGAGCGUAUAUAUUGUGUGGAAAAUACAUUGUGUCAGGAACUGGAAAAGAAACUGCGCGACAUUCUUGCUCAGCGCGAUCUCACCGAAAUGAACAUAACCAUUUAUCGCUGUGUGAAUUGCUUGAUACAGUUUACCAUUGAGCAGAAGAACAAGCGAUAUAAAACGGAGGAAUUACGAUGUCCCGAUUGCCGCAGCGUCUAUGUGGCUGAGGUCACGGACUUGUCCACAUCCUUGGACAAAGCCUCACUGGAAGUGGCUUCAGAGCCAAAAAUUUCGCCAGCUUUGAUUGUGGAGGAGGUGGAAGUAAGGCAGCAGCCUGUGGUGGCGGCCAACAAGGAGGAUAACAACAGCAUUGUGGCCAGCCAAAGCAGGGUAUCAAACGCUAAGAAUACACCCAAGCGUAGGACCGCAAUAAGAAGCUCGGCCAACUCCUUGAACGAGAGCAGUUCAUGCUCGAAAAUAAGCAACUCGCAGAGCUCCUUCGACUCCAACCAGUCCGUGGUGGGUAGCUCGAACACAGAUCGCGAUCUGGAGUUUCGGGCCAACGAGAGCGAUGUGGACAUUAUCUCCAAUCCGAGCCAGUCCAGCAUAGAGGUUUUAGAUCCCAACUGCGUGCAAAGUUCUAGCCGCAAGACCUCCAUGGAGCCUCAGACAGAUGCUAUCGGGCAUUCGCAGAGCUUCAUCGAGCGAGAGUUUGGACAACUAAGGGCGGAGCAGGUACCCGCAGCAGCGGCUACUUCCGCUCCCGCUGUGGCCCACAUUCAGUUGACAGAGAGCAGCUCCUCGGGUUCUGUAACGGACAGCAUAUGCACCAGCUACGAGCAGCAGAGCAAGGAUAAGCAGCUCACAGAGGCUCCCCCUGAAGCCGCCUCCAAUGGCAGCCUCUCGGGCCUCAAAUCCGUCUUCCAAUCAACGAAUCUACUGAUGUCCAGCUCCAAGAAGCUGAUUGAUUCAGCAGAAGCCACUCAGCCCUACAAAUUCAACUAUAGGAUCUUUGGCGAGAUAGAUCAUCGCUUGAAGCUUUACUUUUAUCAAAGCAAGUUCAAGGAGCAAGGCGAGCACUUUACGUGGCUGGCCAAGGGUAACAUCUACAACGAGUUGACCAAGGCCACAGGAGAAGGGAUUGUGGUGGUGUCCACCAGUAAAUUAUACCUCAUGGAGGUCUUUGCACUGCCCCAAGAUGAUGUGUCCAAGUGGCUAAGGCAGGUGGUGUGUGUGCCCUUGGAUCGGCUAAUGGCCAUAGAGUUGUUGCCCUGGAAAAUGGGUUUGUCCUUUGCCUUGAAGGAUUGGGGAGUAUUUGCGUUGUUUCUUCACGAUAUGCUGAGAACAGAAAGACUGCUUCUUAGCUUGCAACAAAACCCUCUACCAGAGCAGACCCAAUUGAACAUACAACCCCCUCCCAAUCAGUUACAAUCUGUGGAAUUCGGGGAGCCCUUAAAGAUGUGUGCCUUGCUGCCGAGCUGCCAGUGGAGUUGUGACCAGGAGAAGAAGAGCUUUGUGCCCUGCUUACUUCUCAUCACAGAGUCUCAUUUGUACCUCUCAGGGAAUGGGAAAUUCGCUUGGCUUUCAGAGAAAAGUCCGGAGAAGGCCAUACCCGAAUUAAGUCUCAGUCAGCCCAUGAGCAAUUUGGUGGAUGUGGAGCCUGCCACGAACGAAAAGUAUCUUAUCAACUUUAUUGACGAUACGGAAAAUAAGUGCGAGAUCUGGCAAUUGGACUUCGAAACCCAUGACAACGCCGAACGCUGUUUGAAUGCCAUUGGCCAGGGCUGGGAGAAGCUCUUUGGUGUGCCAUUCAGCUACUCGGGAACGUAGCCAAGAAGGGACCAACUCUAGGCUAGAUCCCUACGCCAUCCUUUUGAAUGGACUAUGUUAUCUACAUCCGAUAAGCUUUAUCUAAUUGUUUUCUAGGCUAAUGUAUGAGACAUGGUGCUUACUACAAAACAAGUGUAUAUAUGUAUUAAUGAAUGUAAUGUACAAUAAUGAUGGUUAUUAAUUAUUAAAGCCUCUGCAAUAUUUACAAAUUGAAAUGAUGUA